CUAUGCGCUUAAUGACGCGCCAGACGUCUCUCUUCUCGGAAGCCAUAAGUGCAGCACGAGAGACGACGUGUGCGGCUGUGUAUUAAAAUUUGUAAACACAUCUUCUUCGAGUGAAUAAAAAAAAGAGUGCGUUUCGCGGAUUUUCUCGUGUGUGUCGACUUGCUGUGUACCCAUGCUGUGUUGUUCAUCGCGCCGAUCGAUACUGUUUAUCGUUGGAAGCUGCCUCGACGCUGCUAUGGGCCGGCUGGAUUAGAAGCUGGAGUUACGAUAAUGCUACUUGGCAUUAUUAUUCUGUCUCGUUGAAUUUUUGUCAGACUGCAGCUACAAUACGGAGUUACUUGAAAAAUCAGAUUUGAAGAUAGCCUCUACAAUGGCACCAGUACCAUUGGAAGGAAAUCAAACUCCUGUGGCCAAUAUACCACAAGAGGGUAACCGUGGAGGAUCAAUUUCACUUGGUCUUUUAAUAGAUUUCAUUAUUCAAAGGACUUAUCAUGAAAUAACAGUGUUGGCCGAACUCUUACCAAGAAAAACAGACAUGGAGCGUAAAAUAGAAAUAUUCAAUUUUGCAGCUCGUACUAGGCAGCUUUUUGUGAGAUUACUUGCGCUUACAAAAUGGGCUAACAGUGCAACCAAGGUUGAAAAGUCAAACCACAUCAUGGCAUUUUUAGAUAAGCAGUCGUUAUUAUUUGUCGAUACAGCUGACAUGCUAGCAAGAAUGGCGCGCGAAACAUUGGUCCAUGCUAGAUUGCCAAACUUUCAUUUACCGGCUGCAGUUGAAGUUCUUACCACUGGAUCUUACAAUCGAUUACCAACAUGUAUUAGAGAGAAAAUUGUUCCUCCAGAACCUAUUACUUUAGCAGAGAAGAAGAGUACUUUGCAAAGACUGAAUCAAGUGAUACAGCAUAGAUUAGUCACUGGAAAUUUAUUACCCCAAAUGAAAAAUCUUGAAAUUGAUGCAGGAAGAGUGACUUUUAAAAUUGAACAAGAAUUCUGUGUAUCAUUAACUGUGAUGGGAGAUGCACCAAACUUACCAUGGCGUUUACUAGAUCUUGAAAUCUUGGUAUCUGAUCGAGAAACUGGCGAAGGAAAAUCAUUAGUGCAUCCUUUGCAAACUCAGUAUGUUCAUCAAGUAGUUCAAACUCGUCUAGCAGAAAGCUCUGAUCCUCUAGCUGAAGUAUACUGCAUUUUACAUCAUUUUUGUCAAUCACUACAACUGGAGGUUCUAUAUUCACAAACAUUACGUCUUAUUAGAGAUCGCCUCGAUGAUCAUAUCAGAAUCGACAAGUAUAAAACUGGAGAGUUUUUAACAAUAUCAUAUUGGAAAGAACUGACCAGCAAAGAUUCUGGAUCGGAACUUGGAUAUAAGCUUAGCAUACUUGUGGAUCAAGUAGACCCAGCCAAACCUUUAGCAGUAGUUCACACACCGUCCUUAGCUAGUAAGGAAUGCGAAGUAUCAGAUUUGGCCAUCAGAUCGAACCAACUGUCGAUGGAAUACUUAUUAGUGCAUACAAUCUAUAUCAGAACAAGGAACAGAUUGAACGACCUCAGGCAGGAACUGCAAAUUAUGUUCAAAGGCAUAGAGUGUACCUUAGCUGGAUCUCCUGCUAUUUUAUCCGUACCUAUUAUUCAACCUUGCUUGAGAGCCGAGUUACUUCUAAUAGCCGUUGACACUCAUACAGGCAUGUUGCAAUGUCACAUACCUCAAUUCGAGGCACCGAUAGUACCAGAAUUAACCAAUGCCCUGAAUCAAGACAGAUCCAAGUUACCGGCACUCAUAGCAGAAUUACGAUUUUGGAUCGUACAGAAGAGGUGCACGAAAACGCUGCAACACUUGCCCGCGACGGCGCUCACAAAAUUACCACUGCUGCACAGUCCGGAUCAUCCUAUAAACGCGAUCGGCAAGCACAAGAUGUACAUCGAAUUUCACAAGCAUCCAAAAGUCGUGCUGAUAAUGGGCAUCAAGGAGAACGAGUCGUCGCCCUGCGAGCUGCAGUACUCGUUCUACUUGUGCUCGGUGAAGCUCACCUCGUCCGAGCAGGACGCCGCCGGAGGCGACGACGCCAACAACAUGGACGCGAAGAAUCACAACAUCUUCUACAAGCUCGAGAGCCUGAUAGAGUUCGACACGUUCGUCGUCACGCACGGCUCCUUCACGAGCAUCGACUGCGGCAGCAACGAGCCGGAGAUGAGCGGCGUCGUCGACCAAGCCGCGGACAAGGCCGGCGCCGCGGGCCAAGCCAAGAAGCGCAAGAACAUCGGCGCGAGCGUCGGUGGCAGAGCCGACAGCAGCGCAGCCAAGAAAGCCAAGGCACCGGCCUACUACAUACCGGAGCUGGCGCACGUGGUGGCCCUCUGCGACGAGCAGAUACCGUUCAUGCAGCUGGCGCAGGAGCUGUCGAGGCGCGACAUCGCCCAUCAGGGCCUGCAGAUCGAGGCCAACGCCACGGGCAUGUUCCUCAAGCUCGUGCAGCUGCCCAAGCCGAGCGGCAGCAUCUCGAGCCAGGUCGCCUGGACGGCCCUACUGAAGCGACUGCUGAGCUGCUGCAUCCGGGUGCAGAGCAAGGGCACGGGCAAGAGCUGGACGGUCGAGUUCGUGUUCUACGGCAGUCCCGUGUCGAGCGCGCAUCCGCGCGAGCAGGGCCUGCGCAGGCCCGUCUACUUUCAGUAUCCGAUGGGCACGCCCGAGACGAUCCAGCAGACCGUGGACAAGCUGCUCAACGACUGGACGCAGAUCGUCAAUCUGCACUCGCUCGUGCACGAUCUCGCCGAGUACUUCAGGAUGGAGAAGAGCAACUAUCGCAACAUAGCCACGGUCAAGUCGUACAGCUACAACAGGCUCGUGCUCAGCUACGGGCCGCAUCGUCGCGCCCAGGUGACGAUUCUCUGGGACGUCCCUGGCAAGCAGUUCAAGCUCUACUUCGGCAAGUCGGCGACGAGUCCGCUCGACAACGCGCACAUGCUGCUGCGCGAGCAGCUCCAGGCCACCAUCAAUCGCGAUCACAAUCUCAUGCAGCUGAUGCACAUACUGAACGAGACCCUGGCCCCGUUGACCUCGAUCGCCCGACUACCCACGACCCUGCAGCUCGGCAUCAACGACAAGCGCCCGCAGAUACCCAUGCAGACGUUCGUCGUCAUGCCCCAGUGCAUCAGUCUGGUGCGCAUCGCCUACCAGAACAUCUACUGCCUCGAGCUCUGCUUCCGCGGCGACGGCUUCGUGACGCUGCGCGACGGCGCCUACAGCCGCUUCGAUCACAGCAGCGUCGUGGACGGCUUCACCCCGAUCCAGGGCCUCACCACCUUCCUGUCGCAGUACGUCGACAAGACGGCCAUGUACCGGGGCCGCUCGCAGUCCGAGGACGACAAUCCGCCCUCGCCCACCACCGUCGAGGGCGAUCCCUCGGGCUCGGGCCUCGUGAACAACGGCUCGGCGGGCCCGCCCAGCGCCGGUGGCUACGGCAGCUUCCUGGCCGGCCAUCAUCGGGCCGGACCCCAGUCGCCCGCCCAGAAUCGCUUUCAUCCGCCGGUGACGCCGCCCUCGAACAGCAAUCCGACGACGCCGGCGAGUCCGCACACCAGCCAGCAGCAGCAGCACGGCUACACGAGCAGCCCGGCGGCCUCGCUCAACAUGGUCUCGUCGCCGCCCUCGCUGACGCCGAGCACGCCGAGCGUGCUGCCGCAUCCGUCGCCGGGCUCGGGCCUCGUGGCUAGUCCCCUUGGCCAGAUGCACGCCCCGAGUCCAGCCGGCCUGCUGCCGACCUCCUCUCCGGGACCCUGUGGCGGCCCCAUGACCGGACACUCGCCAGCCUCGGGCUACGGCAUGCAGCCUCACGACGGCAGCCCGUUCCCGGCCCAGCAGAGCCUGGCCUCGCCCGUCGCCUCCAACUGGGCCAAUUCGCCGAGCAUCUCCAGGCCCUCGCCCGCUCGCUCCGGUCAGAGUCCGGGCGGUCUCGUGUCGAUGCACAGUCCACAGCAGCCGCUCUCGGUGGGCCCCGUGACCAUGCAACAGACCCAGCACGUGUCCCGAGUCUUGCCGCAGCGCUCCUGGGCCGGUGCCAUUCCGAGUCUGCUCUCCGCCGAGACGCUGGAGCUGCUGUGCAGCCCGGCGCGCCACCCCAACGGCCUGCCCGGGCCCGAUCUGGCGCCCCUCGAGCGCUUCCUCUGCUGCGUGUUCAUGCGGCGCCAGCUGCAGCGCUGCAUCCAGACCAACGAGAGCCUGACCAUACUCAACGGCGAGCCCGGCGUGACGCACUUCAAGGUCGACACGCUGCAGUGCCGCGUCUCGCCCAAUCCCCAGCACAUGCAGUCGCUGCACCUCAAGUGCCAGCCCCUGCCCGAGCACGUGAGCCGCUGGUCCCACGAGGAGCUGCAGGUGAUCGAGCGCUUCUUCGAGCAUCGGGCCGUGGCGCCGCCCUUCCGGCCCAACAGUCUGCACGGUUUCAUGUGCAUCCUCAAUCUGCCCAUCAACGUGCUCAAGGACUUCAUACAGAUCAUGCGGGUCGAGCUGGCGCCGCCCGCGCUGGCCCAGCAGCAGCAGUACAAGUGGCAGCCGCAGUUCUGCCUGCGCGUGCCGCCCUCGGCCCCUCCCCUCGUACCGGUCGGCAGCACGGCCGUCAUCGUGAACAAGACCAAGACGCUGUUCUAUCUGCAGAUCACGCGGCUCGGCAUCUACGAGGGCGAGCCGCCCUCGCUGGUGCUGCCGCUCAUCUACGACACGCGCGCCAACCUGACGCAGAUAGCGGAUCGCGACUCGCCACCUGGUUCGCCGAUGGCCGCCAUCAAUCUGCUGCUCAAGCGCUUCGCCGACCACUAUCCCAACCAGCAGGAGUGCUCGGCCUUCCCGGCCGUGCGCCACAUCCUCACGAACUUCACGCUGCCGUCCGAGGUCGCCGCGGCCGCGGCUGCCAACGCCGCCGCCAUGCAACAGCAGCAGCAGCAGCAGCAACAGCAGCAGCAGCAACAGCAGCAACAGAUGACAGCGCAGAAUCCCAUCGCCGGUGGACCGAUGCCGCCUGUACCGAUACCCGGUCCGCAGCCGCCUCCGCAGGCCAUGGGCCCUGGACCGGCCAUGCAGAUGAUGCAAGGGGCAGGUGGCGCUCAGGGACCACCGCCGCCCCAAGGACCUUAUCGUCAGGCUAUGCCUCCGGGUAUGAAUAUGAUGGGCGGUCCUCAAUGAUACUAAUGUAAGGAUUCCUGGGAUCAUCGAUGGCCUGCCCUCGACUUUGAUGACUUCUAGUCAUCAUUGGCAACUGAAUACUUAGUAUCAACGGUCUACUGGAAUCACAACUAGAUUUUAUUUUAUUCAUGUCAAUUAUUAGAAAGAGUUCGUUAACUGCUUAUGGUACUUUUAUCAUGGCGAAAAUUGAUCGCACCAGUGCAGAUUUAACGUUAAAUUUAAAUAACUUAUAUUGUUAAUGGUAGAAGAUGUUCUUUUUAUUCAGCAUAAUUAUAAAGAGAACAAAAAUAAUUUUUUUUCUCGCGAGACGAAAAAGUAGAGAUCACUGACUCAAAAAAGUUUUAUAUGUUAUUUUUUAUAAAAAAUGUUUUAUAAGUUGCAAAAUAUUUGCAUUCAAUAAUUUUUCAUUCAGAUAAAAAACCCUUGAAAUAGGAGAAACUGUUAAGAUUACCAAAUUAACUUUUAAAGUCUGUCUAAACAUUUGAAUUAAGUUGUAUGUUUAUGUGAAUUGACGUACUUAUAUAUAAAUGUAUUUGUUUUAUAGAUCAUGGAUGGACAUAUUCACUAAACAUAAACGAAUGUACAUGUAUGUAUAUAAGAAUAUAUGUACAUGUACACUUAGGCAUUGGACUUUAAGUACCCGAUUUGUGCUAUUCUUUACAGUUUCAUUCUUUCGAUGUAACAUUAUCCAAUAUAUAUUAAUAUGCGUCGAAUAGACGGAUGUCACAAAUCAAUGUAAAAACUGUACAUAAAUAAUUAAUUCUUAAGUUUUACAUUAUUGCAGUAAUUAGAUGGAAAUUAAUGUAUAUUGUAAUAAAAAGUUUAUAACGCUAAAUAAAUGUCUUUAAAAUAUAAAAAAAUCGAAAAA